CCCUCGGGGGGGCGAAGGUGAAGACCGGCUCCUAGGAUGAGUGAAGGGGCGGCCGCUGCCUCGCCACCUGGUGCCGCUUCGGCAGCCGCCGCCUCGGCCGAGGAGGGCACCGCGGCGGCUGCGGCGGCGGCGGCGGCGGCGGGCGGGGGCCCGGACGGCGGCGGCGAAGGGGCGGCCGAGCCCCCCCGGGAGUUACGCUGUAGCGACUGCAUCGUGUGGAACCGGCAGCAGACGUGGCUGUGCGUGGUGCCUCUGUUUAUCGGCUUCAUCGGCCUGGGGCUCAGCCUCAUGCUCCUCAAAUGGAUCGUGGUGGGCUCCGUCAAGGAGUACGUGCCCACCGACCUGGUGGACUCCAAGGGGAUGGGCCAGGACCCUUUCUUCCUCUCCAAGCCCAGCUCUUUCCCCAAGGCCAUGGAGACCACGACCACGACCACUUCCACCACGUCCCCCGCCACCCCCUCCGCCGGCGGCGCCGCCUCCUCCAGGACGCCCAACCGGAUUAGCACCCGCCUGACCACCAUCACGCGGGCGCCCACUCGCUUCCCCGGGCACCGGGUGCCCAUCCGGGCCAGCCCGCGCUCCACCACAGCACGGAGCACUGCGGCCCCCUCGACGGUCCUGUCCACCACGGCCCCUUUCAUCAGUAGCAGCACGCCGGGCUCCCGGCCCCCGGUGCCAGGAACCCUCAGUACCCAGGCAAUGCCCUCCUGGCCCACUGCGGCAUAUGCUACCUCCUCCUACCUUCAUGAUUCGACUCCCUCCUGGACCCUGUCUCCCUUUCAGGAUGCUGCCUCCUCCUCCUCCUCCUCCUCCUCUUCCUCCACUACCACCACCACACCAGAAACUACCACCAGCCCCAAAUUUCAUACGACGACAUAUUCCACGGAACGGUCCGAGCACUUCAAACCCUGCCGAGACAAGGACCUUGCAUACUGUCUCAACGAUGGCGAGUGCUUCGUGAUCGAAACCCUGACCGGAUCCCACAAGCACUGUCGGUGCAAAGAAGGCUACCAGGGAGUCCGUUGCGAUCAAUUUCUGCCGAAAACUGAUUCCAUCUUAUCGGAUCCAACAGACCAUUUGGGGAUUGAAUUCAUGGAGAGUGAAGACGUUUAUCAAAGGCAGGUGCUGUCAAUUUCAUGUAUCAUCUUUGGAAUUGUCAUCGUGGGCAUGUUCUGUGCAGCAUUCUACUUCAAAAGCAAGAAACAAGCUAAACAAAUCCAAGAGCAGCUGAAAGUGCCACAAAAUGGUAAAAACUACAGUCUCAAAGUGUCCAGCACAAUGACAAAGUCAGAAAGCUUGGUGAAGAGUCACGUCCAGCUGCAAAACUACUCAAAGGCGGAAAGGCAUCCUGUGACUGCAUUGGAGAAAAUGAUGGAGUCAAGUUUUGUCGGCCCCCAGUCAUUCCCCGAGGUCCCUUCUCCUGACAGAGGAAGCCAAUCUGUCAAACACCACAGGUACAGCAGGAGUCUCUCCUCUUGCUGUAGCCCAGGGCAAAGGAGUGGAAUGCUCCACAGGAAUGCCUUCAGGAGGACACCCCCCUCGCCCCGGAGUAGGCUGGGUGGAAUCGUGGGACCAGCAUAUCAGCAACUUGAAGAAUCAAGGAUCCCAGACCAGGAUACGAUACCUUGCCAAGGGAUAGAGGUCAGGAAGACUAUAUCCCACCUGCCUAUACAGCUGUGGUGUGUUGAAAGACCCCUGGACUUAAAGUAUUCAUCUAAUGGUUUAAAAACCCAACAGAAUGCAUCAAUAAAUAUGCAACUGCCUUCACGAGAGACAAACCCCUAUUUUAAUAGCCUGGAGCAAAAGGACCUAGUGGGAUAUUCAUCCACAAGGGCCAGUUCUGUGCCCAUCAUCCCUUCAGUGGGUCUAGAGGAAACCUGCAUGCAAAUGCCAGGGAUUUCUGAAGUCAAAAGCAUCAAAUGGUGCAAAAACACCUACUCUGCUGACAUUGUCAACGUGAGUAUCCCAGUCAGCGAUUGUCUUAUAGCAGAACAACAAGAAGUGAAAAUAUUGCUAGAAACUGUCCAGGAGCAGAUCCGAAUUCUGACUGAUGCCAGGAGGUCAGAAGACUACGAACUGGCCAGCGUAGAAACCGAGGACAGUGCGAGUGAAAACACAGCCUUUCUCCCCCUGAGUCCCACGGCCAAAUCAGAACGAGAGGCACAAUUUGUCUUAAGAAAUGAAAUACAAAGAGACUCUGCACUGACCAAGUGACUUGACAUGUAGGAAUCUGUGCAUUCUAUGCUUUGCUCAACAGGAAAGAAAGGAAAUUAAAUACAAAUUAUUUAUAUGCAUUAAUUUAAGAGCAUCUACUUAGAAGAAACCAAAUAGUCUAUCGCCCUCAUAUCAUAGUGUUUUUUAACAAAAUAUUUUUUUAAAGGGAAAGAAACGUUUCAGGAGGGAUAAAGCUCACCACUGAAGCUUUUGGGUAGAAUUCUGAAUCCAAUUUCAGUUAGUCCCAACACUGCCCUCUUUGGCUCUUAGAUGUGGGCGAUUCUGAACCUUGGUCCCACAAUGCCAGUGUCUUCAUCACAAAGCACUGGCAGUUACCUGGUUUCAAAGACAAGAGCUGUAUCUGGAGGGUGGAUGCGCCAGUGAGCAAGUGGCCCUUGCCAUUCGGCUUGCCAAUCCCAGCCCCUAAAUUUCUAUUCACCCAAUAGCCUCAUCACAGGUUACGUCAUGUCAGCAAAUGUAGUGUUUUCCAUUUGAUUUUCGAAGAAUGGCACAAAGACUCUGAAACAGGAAGGGGGACAGGAGAUAGAGGGGGUGAUCGGGGGGCAAUCUUAACUAUUCUUGUGUGCCAUCUUCCUCUGAAAUUUGAAAGCACAGAAUCUCAGAGGGAGGUAUGAAAUUAUUACAGAAAAAAGAGACAAAAAAAUCACAGUGUCGUGUCACUAAAAUCAUGCUAAUGGAAAUGUUUUUCCUCGAGAUUGUUCAGAGGCUCUGAUGGAGCCUUUCUCAGUUUGUGUGUGCCCAUGUGCACGUGCGUGUGCGAGUGUGCGUGUGUGUGGGCCUGCUCACUCGAGCACAUAUGCUGUGUGCACAUGUGUUCAUUGUGCGUGUGUGUGCAUGUGUGUGCGUAUUAAGCUUGCUAAAAUUUGUUCUGAAACAUCAGGGAAUCUACUAAUAGUAUUCAGAAAAGAAAUUCCCUCUUAGAUCUGUUCACUUAAAAUUUUUCCAUUACGUAUAAAGUUCAAUAAGUUCUUAAAUCAAGGUCACUUGCAUGGUGGGGUCCUCUAAAACUCUUGAUAAUGUCUAGACCAUUUUCUGAUGUGAGUACUUUUGAGAGGAAUAACUAUUGGCUCAUUAAUGAGAUCAGCAUCACAAGGCAAGUUAAUUGAGGAUGUGUGUUUGCUUUGAGUCAUACCUAUUUAAAUUAUUUACACAAGGCAAUUAACAAAUUGACAGUUGCCAUUUGCUUUCUCAUCAUCCUCAUUACUAUUUAUUUUAUAGCAAGUCUACCACUUGUGGACCAAGGCAUCGGCUUCUGUAGUUAAUAUGGGGAGAAUAAAUUGUUGAAACCACAAAGCCCAGACUAUUCAGUUCACAAGAAGCCCCCCAAAGAACAGUAAAUUGUGUUGUAUGUUCAUUUGGAAUAAAGCAAUAUUUUUACCACUGCUAAGGUGAACUGAAACCUCUCCUGAAGAUCUGUCUGUUUAUUUACCCUCACUUUCAUGGGCAUCCAAGGAAAUUAGUGUUCACAUACCCAGUCUUCUUCCAAUUAUUGGUGGUGUUGAGUUGUUAUGUUUACACUGUUUUAAAUAAAAAGGCACAGUAUUUGAAAGUAUAUAAAAGAUUUCUUUUACUGCAGUUUGGGGAAACUUUGGUUUAAAUUUCUUUGUGGAAGACUCACAUUCCAUGGAAAGGGAAUGUAACUAUUUCUGAAUCAGGCAGUGAAUAUGUACAGUUUUUAUUUCAGGUUAAGUUGUCUAUGUUGCAAAUACAUUGAACAUUGCUCUUUGAGAACAUUUGUUCAUAAUAGACAUAAUGCCAUCCAAGGUAAAGAAAGAACAUUAUGUGUUUAUCAGAAUUGCUUAAUAGAAAUUCAAGGUCUCAAAUGUUGAAAACACGUUGGUAGAAAUAACAAAAAGUUGUAUGACAUUUAUUAGUUGUCCCAUUAUGGUUCUGUCUUGUUCUUAAUAUGGAGGUCAUAUUGUUUGAAUUUUAAAAAGUUAUUUAAAAUUUUUUAGUGUCUAGAUCCUCUAUGUUCUUAUUUAAAAAUAUUUUAUCUUUGGGAAAAUUCUAGAAAUAUGAUCUUAAUUGACAGGUGUAUAAGAGCCCCAUUAGUUGAGUAUCCAGUGUAUUACUGUGUUGAAAUUUAUCACAAUUGCCAAACAACUAGAAGCCUUCACUAGUCUGUUGAAGUCAACUUUGUUUUUGAUUUUUAUACUAAGAUGUUAGCUGUUGCUUAUCUAAAGGAUCUAUUGAGAAUUCACUAAUAGGAGGAUAUAUGCUCUGUGACUCACUGCAGUUAUUUUUGUAUAUUAUUUUACACUGAAAACAUUAAGAUUGUCAAUGAAACUUGAGUCUUGAUCUAACUAACCCUUGAUUUAAGAAGAAAUGAAGUACAACCAUAUAUUAUGUGAUUGUUAACCCCCCCCACCCCCACAAUGUAUUCUAAAAAGCAUGAAUAUCAGGUACAUCCACUGGCAGUCUUAAAUAAGUUUAGAGAUACAGUUACAUCCUUAAUUGAUAGUCAAGACAAAGUCCUCCGUAAAGAGCAAAUAUUAAUGAUUAUUUUCAGCGGUCAUUUGUCUCCUUUUGAAAUAUGAUGCUCUCAUGUGAAGUGUCCAGACUCCAAAUGCACCUCUUUGGGUACUAGCUGACUAGUGCUGAAGGCAUCAAGACAUUCAAAGUUAAUCUAAGACAACACCCAGAGCCAUCAGUACUUUGUCCUUCAAGCUCAUGUGCCUGUAGGGAAGUGCUUAUUUCUACAAACCAUCUUUGAUUUUGCUUUAUUUUUCUUGUCUUUAUUAUGUGAAUACAUAUUUGGAAAUAUGUAAUUAAAUAGACUACACAUUCAUUAUUUACUGGCAAAUGAUUGCUACCAUUAUUUUUUACUUUAAAUCAUGUUCUGGUGUGUGUUGUUUUUUUUUAUAAAGCAUAUGUUAUUUCUAAUUUGCCAGUGACUACUGUAGAAUGCUGUUGUUCAAAAUAUGUGACCAAUCUAAUGGUAAGAAGAAAAAAUAGAAAUGAUGUUGGAAAAUGAACAUCAAAAUUUUCUCCCUGAAUUCCCUAUGUACAUUAAGUGCUGUAUGUUUUUACACUCUGGUCUGAUAUCUACCUUGUUAGGGGUUAAGGACUAAAUAUUUGUAAAUUUAUCACACCUUCAUAAUUUACAUUCUUCUAAGUAGCAAUAGCAAGGUCCUCUGGAGGAGGAAAGUGCUAUUUAUAGGACUUCACAAAUUAAUCUGUUUUGAUUAUAAUAACAUAUCAGACCUACCAAAAAGAGAACAGAAGGGCCAGCAGACUUCGAGAGAAUGCCCACUGGCUCAUGGAUCCAAUGACAGCUACAAUUUGAGAGGGGCCUCCAGUGCCCAUGGCUAAGGCAUCAGUAGCCGGGUCACUACCAGAAUAUGUUUGCGUGUGCUGCAGUCGUCCACACCUGUCCUGCAGCAUGGUGCUAUAGAAAACCAUGAUUCCCUGACUGAGUGUGCAUACGUGUGCGUGUUGAUGGGGGAGGAAUGGUGGUCCUUCUGAUUCCAGCCCUACAAACCAGAAAUAUCACACUGAGACAAGUGCUGUGAGACAUUUCUCAAAUAAGUAUAAAGUAAACUUAGGAACAUAGCAGGAGGGUGGGAUUUUUAUUUGACCUUUUGGUACCCGGGAGACAUUUUAUAUAUAAAGAAUACUUUUUUAUUAUUAUUCAAUUGUAUAGAUUCAGUGUUUUCAAUUGAUAGCAUGUCUAUACUGUGUUUGUACUCUCGUCUUUAGAAAUUCAGUACUCAUCUAGGCAAAACCAGCACAAGGUUUCUGGGCUGUUCUCAAUUUUAAAUGCAUCCCAAUAUGCCCUGGGAAAUGAAGCCUUUAAAUAAGCUUUAUCUCUUCCUUUGUCAUUCUUUCUUUCCCUUUUAAAGAAAUAGUGAAGGUAAAGGAAGAAAAAUCACUCCUUAGGAUCCACAUUGUUCUCUUAUAUUAAUCUGUUUUCUACUGUGAACUUCCUACACACAUCUAUUACAUUUGUGUGUUUAUUUUAGUAGCUUUAUUUUUGCUUAAUUUGGCAAAUAUUAAAAUGAUUGCCUCAUGGAAUGCCAAUGAAAUCAAAGCAUUUAGAGACAAGCCAGCUUGGUAACAUUUUGUUCAUACAGGCAUUUUGAGUUCUUUCUCUUUCUUAGUCAAGCAGAAAUAGCCUUGGAUUGGAAAAGCCACAAGAUCAUAGAAUAAACUCUCUACUAGAUUAUCUCUUAGAAAUGAAAAUUAAAUGAUGUAUGUGAAUGAUUGUUGUCCCUAUAGUGUGUAUUGGUCUCCAAUGUAUUUUUUUUUUUUUUUACAAAUUUAACAGUGAUUUCUCCCCAAGGUACCUAAAGAUGUACCUUUGACUUCCAGUACCCACUGAACUCUAGUAAUAACAGUGUGUGUGUGUGUGUGUGUGUGUGUGUAGUGAAAGGGGUUACUAAGUGCUAAUGUUGGAUAUCCCAGUGAAAGAUAAUAGCAGGGGUGACCAGAUACAAUCUUGGUAAAAAUAGAGAACAGGUUUCUAGGACUUCCAUAAUUUUUGUCACAAAUACCUGUAUUGAUUGCACGUGUAUUGUUGCCUAUGAGAAAGAAUUCAUUGUGUGAUAGCAAACUAUCUUAGUGUUGGAAAUGAAUUAGAAAAUCUUUAUAUUGAAAGUUGUCUUUGUGAACGCUUCUAACAUAUCUAUAUUACAUAAGAAUAUCUUCAUGACCUCAUCUGUCAAAUAAGGUGGGUGAUCUAGUUCAUCUUUGAUUUCCCUUCUAAAUUGAUAAUCUUGUUAUCCAGUCAUCCUAACUCAGACUUUACCUGGUCACUUGUCAUUCAAUCACUUCAACACAGCUCUUUAUAAAGUUAACAGCUGUAAUUCUAUCUCACUGAGACUCAAAAAUCACUGGAACCUCUUUAUCAGUCUAUGAACCAGGUUUAUAUUUAUAAUACCACACUUAAUUUCCAUGGAGAAAUAAGCAGAAUUAUUUUUGUGGUUGUUUUGAAUGUAAGUUUACCUAGUACAGGUAAUACGAAGGGAAGGCCAAGAAAAUAUCCAAUUCAAAGCUUGAGAAUCAAAGGUCAAAAUUUGCCCCCAAUUUUUUAAAGAAAUUGUGAUGAUUUAUUAAAGAUGGAAUAAUGGGAUGGCCAGAGAAGGCACGAGACCUUGAAGAUGUUCUUCUCUUACAAAGGCAGAGGACACAACUCUCACUGGAUAUACAAAAAUACAAUAUCUUUAUUGAUAUUCAUAAUUAUUUGCAUCUCAAUCUUUAACAUAAACUCUGACUAAUAAUGGAUGAAUUCUCUGGAGACAUUUUCAUGUCAUGGUUGAAAAUAAUCCUAUUUUUGAGGGCACAAUUGACAAAAAUUUGCAGGGUUUUCUUGCUUAUUUAAUUUUGGUUAUAAUUGCUGUUUUUGACAAAUCAAUAUCUAUAUGCUCUUCUGAAAGCAUUCUAACUAGCACUAAUACUUCCAUAUAUCAUCUGUCUUGGUCAAUAUCCCAAAGUCUGAAUUUCUAGACUACAAUAAAACAAUGUGAAAUAUUAAAAUACUUGAAUCAAAAACAGUAAA